CCCAACUCCGGGAACCCGGGAAAACUUGUGAACCAAUCAGAAAAGGUGAAAGGCGGGAGUGCAGGGAUACCAGUGCGCUGCCCAAUGGGAUGAAGCGAGGACAAGAGAGCUGCCCAAUCAAAGGCAUCAGGGGGCGGGCCCCCUCUGCGCGAACUGGAGACCCGGGAAUUCCGAAGGAGGGGUCGCGUCAGCCCGCGCACAGAGGCCCGGCCCCUCCUGGCUUGGGCGCCCUCGCUGUCAAACAUCUGCGGGAGCGCGGGUCCGGGCCAAGGAGCCCGAGGGGUCCUGGGGCCUCCGCACAGACCGACACUGUCUGGAAAGGAGACCACUCCAAGAUGUCACUGCGUGGGUAGAUCCGAAACCGGGCUGGGACCCGGAGGGAAAGGGCUGAAUUAGUCUUGCGUGAUUGCGGGGAGCUCCAUCCGCUGUUUUCAUCCCACCCAGGGAAACCGGGAAGCAGGGGUUUAGAUCUGCUUUGGUGAAGAACUUGGGGGACUUCUCGGGGGGUGACUGUGGAUUCGCUUCCCACAGGGUUCCAAACUAAAUAGUUCCGAGUGAGGAUUAACCAGAAAAGCGGGAUGCGGGCGAGCAGAAGGGGUACUCCAUUUGGCUAAGCAGGUUUGACAGGAAGCUGCUUUUUUCAAAUUACACUGAGGUGAUGCGCUCUAUUGCACAGAAGCAAGCCCCCACUCCCUCCAGUUGGCAUUUGCCCAAAAGCUGCCUAAGGUAUCAUUGCUUUGCACAGAUUGGAGACGUUCCGAUUAUUUUGCGGCCUGAGGAUCCGGCUCAACUGAGGUGCCAUAGGGCGUGUUCCUGUUUUGUCACUGCACCAAGGACCUUCCCCGAAUUUUCCAGUUGCAAAGCUGCUGGACAGCCAAUUUUGCUUUGCAUGCCUAGGCUGCUUGUCCCCUGAAAUUCCCCUACUCAGGGAGUGUGCUCCAGGUUGAGUAUCACACUCGGAAGAGAACUUGGACCAGCCAUACACGACCCAGGACCGGCAUAAAGUGAUGGAUUCCUGAAGUGGAAGGCGUGGUGCAAAGAAGCACCGCCCAUGCUGCCUUGCUUCCAGCUGCUGCGCAUAGGAGGCAGCGAUCUCUACACCUUCCACCCUCCCACCGGGGCUGGCUGCACCUAUCGCUUGGGCCGCAGGGCCGACCUGUGUGAUGUGGCUCUGCGGCCCCAGCGGGAGCCCGGCCUCAUCUCCGGGGUUCAUGCCGAGCUCCACGCUGAGCGCAAGGGUGAUGACUGGAGGGUCAGUCUGGAGGACCACAGCAGCCAAGGGACCUUAGUCAAUAAUGUCCGACUCCCAAAGGGUCACAGGCUGGAGCUGAGUGAUGGUGACCUCCUAACCUUUGGCCCUGAAGGGACCCCAGGAACCAGCCCCUCCGAGUUCUACUUCAUGUUCCAACAAGUUCGAGUCAAACCUCAGGACUUUGCGGCCAUUACCAUCCCACUGUCUCAGGGAGAAGCAGGGUCCGGGGGUGGUUUCCAGCCGAUGCUGCCCUCUCAGGGGGCUCCACAGCGGCCCCUCAGCACCCUCUCCCUUGCCCCAAAGGCUACACUGAUCCUCAACUCCAUCGGCAGCCUCAGCAAACUCCAGCCCCAGCCUCUCACCUUCUCCCGGGGUGGGGGUGGGCCCCAGAGCCUACCCCUUCCCACUCCCCCUGGGGAAGUGGGGACCACUCCUUCUGCCCGAACCCCAGCCCCCAGAAACCGGAGGAAAUCAGCUCACCGAGUGUUGGCAGAACUGGACGAUGAUGAGAAAGGGCCUGAGAGCCCCCCGCCAGUCCUCAUGGAGCCCAGGAAGAAACUGCGAGGAGAGAAAACCCCACCGACACCCGUCGGAAACCGUCGUGGGCGUCCUCGGAAGCACCCAGUGAGCGCCCCCAUGGCCCCCCCUGCAGUUGGGGGCGGGGAACCCUGUGCAGCUCCCCGCUGCUGCCUGCCCCAAGAAGAGACAGUGGCCUGGGUUCAGUGUGAUGGUUGUGACACCUGGUUCCAUGUGGCCUGUGUUGGCUGCAGCAUCCAGGCAGCCAGGGAGGCAGACUUCCGAUGCCCAGGAUGCGGUGUUGGCAUCUAGGCCUAAGGCCCAACAGAGAGGACAGAGCUGGGGCCUCCAGGCCAGGGGCAUUAACAGCAAGGUGCACAUGGAUCCUAAGAGAUGCCCCCUUCUUCCCUUCCCUCCCCAGGAGGGAAUGAUG